AUGUCGUUGUCGGACUUUGACUACGGCCAGGAGCUCGUUGAGACCCCAGAGGAGCUCAACGCCCUCUUUGAGAAAGUGGAGGAGGCAGCCCAUGCGUUCCGCCAGCUUGACCAGGCGCAGGUCGACAAGAUCUUCUAUGCCGCCGCUUUCGCAGCCUCGAACCAGCGUAUCCCCUUGGCAAAGAUGGCCUACGAGGAGACGAAUAUGGGUGUCGUCGAGGACAAGGUCAUUAAGAACAUGUUUGGGUCGGAAUAUGUGUAUAACAAGUACAAGAACAUGAAGACCGCUGGGAUUAUCGAGGAAGACAAGGCGGGCAAUACAAUUACUGUUGCAGACCCUCUUGGCAUCCUCGCUGGUAUUGUGCCCACCACAAACCCGACGUCCACUGCCAUCUUCAAGUGCCUUAUAGCGCUCAAGACGAGGAACUGCAUCAUCUUCUCUCCGCAUCACAGGGCCGUCAAGUCAACCAUCCACGCGGCACGCAUUGUCCGUGACGCCGCCGUCAAAGCUGGAGCACCUCCCAAUUGCAUUGCCUGGAUUACGAAGCCUUCCGUUCCCCUUGCGAAGGCUCUCAUGGGGCACCCCAAGACUAGCUGUGUCCUCGCUACUGGCGGCCCCGGCAUGGUCACUUCGGCCUAUAGCUCCGGCAACCCCUCCAUUGGUGUCGGUCCGGGUAAUGUCCCUGCGCUCAUUGACGAGACGUGUGACUACAAGACCGCCGUGAACCAGGUUAUCAAUAGCAAGUCGUUCGACAAUGGCGUCGUCUGCGCUUCAGAACAAGCCAUCGUCUGUGUCACGAAGGAGAUCUACGACAAGUGCAUCGAGGAGCUCAAGUUCCGCGGCGCCUACGUCAUGACGGAGGACGAGAAGCAGCGUGUCAACAAGCUGAUCCUGCCACUGAACGAGGCCACUGGGAAACAUCAGCUCAACGCCGACAUAGUCGGACGCCCUGCCCGCGACAUCGCUGCAAAGGCAGGCGUCGUCGUUCCUGCGGACUGCAAGUGCCGCUGCAUCGUGGGAACCUUCACAGAGGUGCGCCACGACGAGGCGAUGUCCUGCGAAAAGCUCUCCCCAGUUUUGGGUAUCUGUUGGGCUGAGACAUUCGAGAAGGCCGUCGACAUUUGCGGACAGAUGAUCGAUAUGGCUGGGGCAGGCCACACAGCUGCGAUUCACACAGCGCCCCACAGACGCGACCGCAUUGAGUACUUCACGCACCACAUCAGGGCUGGCCGCAUUGUCGUUAACUCUCCGAGCACGUUUGGAGGUAUCGGCGAUCUCUACAACUUUGCGAUCGAUCCCACCAUGACUAUCGGCUGUGGCUCAUAUGGCAAGAACUCCGUCUCUGAGAACGUCGGGCCGAAGCACCUUCUCAACUAUAAGAAGGUGGCCAUUGUGAGGCGCAAUCCGCUCUGGUUCAAGGUUCCGCAGGUGAUGCACGUCGGUGAGGGCGCUCUUGCUAAGGCUGCUGCGGACCUCAUCUCCCGCGGGCUCUCCAGGGCUUAUAUCAUCACUGGAAAGGUCAUGCACGAUCUUGGGUUCACGGACAAGAUCAUCAGCCCCCUUACUGCAGGCAACGUUACUGUCAAGGUCUUCACAGACGUCCUGCCGGACCCUGACCUUGGGACCUGCUAUAGGAGCCUUGCAGAGGUCAGGGAUUUCCAACCGGACAUGAUUAUCGCUCUUGGCGGUGGCUCUGCGAUGGAUCUGGCGAAGAUGGUUAGGCUUCUGUAUGAGCAUCCGAAGGUAGACUUUGCCGGGCUUGCGCAGCGCUUCAUGGACAUCCGCAAGCGCAUCUACGAGUAUCCCGAGUGCCUGGAUCUUCGCACAGCGAAAACGUUCAGUGUCGCAAUCCCGACGACUUCUGGAACAGGCUCUGAGGUGACCCCGUUCUCUGUCAUCACGGACGAGAAGGAGCACGUCAAGUAUCCCCUUGCGGACUACCAGCUCAUGACGCACAUGGCUGUCAUUGAUCCAGAGCUUGUCCUGACCGUUCCUGCAUCACUUGCUUCCUGGACGGGCGUCGACGCCCUAACUCACGCUAUUGAGUCGUACGUGUCCGUUAUGGCGACUGAGUACACCAUGCCCCUCUCUCUCCAAGCAAUCAAGACAGUCUUCGAGAACCUCGAGAAAUCUGUCGUCAGCAGGUGCCCGACUGCUCGCGGAAAUGUGCAUCAGGCUGCGACCAUCGCCGGCAUUGCGUUUGCCAACGCUUUCCUGGGUAUCUGCCACUCCUGCGCCCACAAGCUCGGCCAAAAGUAUCACAUUCCGCACGGGCUUGCUAACGCAAUAAUGCUCCCACACGUCAUCAGGUACAACGCAGUCGACGAUCCCGUCAAGAUCGCCACGUUUCCGCAGUACCUCUACCCUGUUGCUCUCGAGCGCUACGCUGAGAUAGCCGACUACUGCGGGUUCACGAACAAGAAUGACGGGAAGAGUGUCAAGGAGAAGACGGAGAUCCUCAUUAAGAAGAUCUACGACCUCUAUGAGAAGGUAGGGAUUGACGCGAAGAUCAGUGCGUGCAAGGAGGCUCCUGUUGAGGCAGACUUCUUCGCCGAGGAGAACCUGGACUAUCUCGCAUACCACGCCUUUGACGACCAGUGCACCGGUGCCAAUCCGCGCUACCCGCUGAUCGAGGACUUCAAGGAGCUCUUCCGUGCGGCCUGGUAA